ACCGGGCGUUUGGUGGGAGGCGCAUGACAGGGAACAUAAGCGGCGUGCGAAGUUACGGAGAAGCCGGCAGGAUGACCGUCACACGGAGAGUCCAGCAGCGGAACCGGUGAUGUUUACCGGCGGUUUACGGUCCGAGGAUUAGCGUCGCGGAGACAAUCAUGGGCGUCGCGCUAAAGAGCUGGAGGGCCAAUGAAGGACCCAAACACUUGAUCCUGAUGGUUUGGAUUGCAAUAAAUGUCUAUUUGUUCUGGAGUACAUUCAUGUUGUACUUUAGCGGAUCGCAGUAUUAUUAUCUACACAAGAUGCUGGGGCUGGGUCUCUGCAUUAGUCGAGCGUCGGCCUCCGUUUUAAACUUCAACUGCAGUUUGGUGCUGCUGCCGAUGUGCAGAUCGCUGCUUACCUUCCUCCGAGGAUCUCAGCGGGUGACCGGUAGACGUGUUCGUCGGCUGCUGGAUAAGAGUAAAACGUUUCAUGUGGUGUGUGGAGUCGCUAUAUGCGUCUUCUCAGUGGUUCAUGUGAGCGCUCACCUCGUGAACAUGGUCAGUUUCUCAGUGAGAUAUUCAGAGGAUUUCCCCGCGCUCAAUGUCGCUCAGUAUCGAGGACAGGAUCCCAGAAUUCUCAUCAUAAGCACAGUUGCUGGAGUUACUGGUGUUCUGUUGGUGCUGGUGUUAUUUCUGAUGUUUACAGCGUCGUCUUCCUGUAUUAGAGUCUCAAGUUACGAGAUUUUCUGGUAUACUCACAACCUCUUCAUUGUGUUCUAUGUUGUUCUGAUGGUCCAUGCAGCGGGGGGGGCUUUAAAGUAUCAGUCAAACGUGGAGGCCCACCCACCCGGCUGCGUGCACAACAAUCUCACUUCAUUGACCAAUCACAGAGUAGCUGGAGAGAAGGGGGCGGAGUUUCCAAAUGCACCACCGACAGUUUGUCAAGAAGAGGCUCGUUUUCAACCCCAUUUUCCUCAGACGUGGUUGUGGGUCUCUGCUCCUCUCUGCCUUUACUGUGCGGAGCGACUGUAUCGUUUCAUAAGAAGCAGCACUUCUCCUGUUACCAUAGUUUCUGUCGUUAGUCAUCCAUGCGAUGUCGUAGAAUUGCGCAUGUUGAAGAGUGGAUUUAAGCCCCGCCCUGGACAGUACAUCCUGCUGAACUGCCCAAGUGUGUCGUCAUUUGAAAAUCAUCCAUUUACUCUUACCACAUGUCCAACUGAGAAGAAUGAAACAUUUGGUAUUCAUCUCAGAGUGCUGGGAGACUGGACCUUGAGAUUUUCUCAGCUUCUGCUUCAACAGUCGAACAGCUCCGAGAUCCUUCCUGUGAUGCAGCAGAGGAGAUAUCCUACAGUGCACGUGGAUGGUCCAUUUGGCAGCCCAUCGGAGGAGGUGUUAAAUUAUGAGGUCAGCCUGUGUGUGGCGGGAGGGAUCGGAGUCACGCCGUUUGCUUGUGUUUUACAAGCACUAUUUGAUGACUGGCAUCAGUAUAAGUUGAGGAGGCUGUAUUUCGUUUGGGUUUGCAGGGACCUUCAGUCUUUCUAUUGGUUUGCUGAUCUAUUGUGUGGCCUUCAUGAGAGGCUAUGGCGGGACAAUCGUCCAGAUUACCUAAAUGUUCAGCUCUACCUCAGUAAUACUCAAGGAUUACAGAGCAUUAGUGAGGAACGCUACCGUUUCUUGAGCUCCAGGCUUCGGAUUGGUCGGCCAAAAUGGAAGCUCCUUUUCCAGGAAAUCGGGAGAGCCAAUCAGCUUAAAAGAGUGGGGGUUUUCUGCUGUGGACCCAAAGGGAUCUCUAAAGCGUUACACACUCUGUGCAAUUCAAACCCACACUCAGGAACUGCAUUUGAGUACAACAAAGAGUCCUUCAGCUGAGGGACGUGAACAAACCCAUCGUUUUAAUGGCAAAUAAAAAGCCAUUAGAAUAUAUCUCUGUCUGUGAGGAAUGAAGACAAAAGAGGACAAAUGCAGAUGAAGACGUCUGGAAUUCAUGGACGGCAUUCUUGUCUAAAAAUGUAAUCCUCGGACAAAGAGACGGAGAGCUGGUAAACAGUGUAAAGAGAUGAAAAACUUGCACUGUUAUGUCUUAUUCAGGGAGUAUUUGUGAUUAACCUGCACAAGCUUUAAAGGAACAGUUCACCUAAAAAUGAAAUUUUGUUUUAAAUGUGCUCACCUUCAGGCCGUCCAAGAUGUACAUGAGUUUCUUUCUUCAUCAGAUUUGGAAAAAUGUAGCAUCACAUCACUUGCUCACCAAUGGAUGUGAAUGGGUGCCGUCAGAAUGUCCAGACAGCUGAUAAAAACAUCACAAUAAUCCACAAGUAAUCCACACCACUCCAAUACAUCAAUUAAGAUCUUGAGAUGCCAAAAGCUGUGUGUUUGUAAGAAACAAACCCAUUAUUAAGACAUUUUUGAUAUUGAACCAUUGUCCAUAAUCCAUAUUAAGUCUUCCUCCAGUGAAAAAGCGUAUCUCCUGUUGGUCUCUCACAUCAAAAUCCACCCACAUAUUUGUUUAGAGCUGUUUUGACUUGUAAAUGAUGCUUGAUCUCUGCAGAUUUCUCUCCUGAUUCAAACCAGACCACUUUUUCACUGGAGGAAGCAUUAUUAUGGAUUAUGUACUUGUAUGUUGGCCAGAAGCAAGCUUUGAAGUUUUAAACAUCUUAAUAAUGAGUUUGUUUUUUACAAACACACAGCUUUUGGUUUCAAAAGAUGUUAAUUGAUGGACUGUAGUGGAGUGGAUUACUUGUGGAUUAUUGUGAUUUGUUUUUAUGAGCAUCAUUCUGACGGCACCCAUUCACUACAGAGGAUCCAUUGGUGAGCAAGUGACGUAAUGCUGCAUUUCUCCAAAUCUGAUGAAGAAACAGGCUGAUCUUCAUCUUGGAUGGCCUGAAGGUGAGUAUAUUUUCAGCAAAUGUUCAUUUUUGGGGAACUAGUCCUUUAUAAACUGGGUUAAAAAGCUCUAGUUUGCCCAAAAAUGAAAAUUCUGCCAUCAUCUACUUAACCUUAUGUGACCCUGGACCACAAAACCAGUCUUAAGUAUCACAGGUAUAUUUGUAGCAAUAGCCAAAAAUACAUUGUAUGGAUCAAAAUGAUUGAUUUUUCUUUUAUUCCAAAAAUCAUUAGGAUAUUAGGUAAAGAUCAUGUUCCAUGAAGAUAUUUUGUAAAUGUCCUACCGUUUUUUUUGUUUUUUUUUUGCACCCUCAGAUUCCAGAUUUUCAAAUAGUUGUAUCUCUGCCAAAUAUUGUCCUAUCUUAACAUACAUCAAUGGAAAGCUUAUUUGUUCAACUUUCAGAUGACAUAUAAAUCUCAGUUUUAAAAAUAAUGACCCUUACGACUGGUUUUGUGGUCUAGAGUCACAUAUCAUUUCACAUGGUGUUUUGGCUAUCAAUAGUAUGCUUUGGCUUAUUUUAUACCUUUACAAACACAAACAUACACACAAACCAUGUUUACAGUAUACGCUUUCGUUCUUUUUAAAUAUUUAUUUUCUUUGUAUUCUGUACAGCACAACAGUACUUGUAUUAUGUUCAUAUUUUAUCAGGACUCAAACUUGUGUCCUAAUUGAACUGCACUGUUAUUGUAUCACAACUGCCAAAGAUUUCAUUUAAUCACUGAUUUAUCAUAUAAAUCUUUUUAAUAUUA